GUGCGCGUGUGCGCCCAUGGGGCCGCCCGGCGCUGGCGCAGGUGAGCGGCCGCUCCCGCCGCCCGUUCCGGCCUGGCCGCCAUGGAGCCCGUGGGCACCUGGGGCCCGGCGCAGGCAGCGGCCUGGCUCCGAGGGCUGGACGGCGCCGUGCAAGGGUACCCCUUUGAGACGUGGGGGCUGGCGGGGCCCGACCUGCUGCGGCUCUCGGCUGCGGCGCUGGAGGCGCUGGGAGUGCGGCGCCUGGGGCACCAGGAGCUCCUGCUGGAGGCCGUGGAGCAGCUCCGUGCCCUGGAAGCGGGGCUGGCGAGCACCAGCUUGCGGACACUGACGGAGAGGCUGCAGGAGCUGGCACAGGGCACCCAGAGCUUGGUGCUGGGGGGGCUGCCGGCGGGGGCUGGCCCCCGGCCGCCCUCCCUCGCCCUCCUGGCUCGUGUCGUCGACCUGGUCAGGGCUGCCAAGGGGCUCUUCUCCUGGCUCAACAGGUACCUCUUCUCCACCCUCAACGACUUUUCGGCCAGCCAGGACAUCGUCCUGCUCUGCACCCAGCUGGCAGAGGCGCUGCAGGCGGACUGUCCUGCAGCCAAGAGGGACAGCCAGAUCCUGCAGAUUUGCCAGCACAUCGUGGGCAUCUGCGAGAGCAUCGUGGGCUGCAGCCCCCCGGCGCUGCUGGACCGCAGGGCUGUGCUGCAGCGUGUGGUGCUGCAGGGCAGUCCCCCCAUGUCUCCUGACACCCUGAUGCUGCCCUCCAGCCCGUGGGGGUGCCCCCCGACGUCCCCUGACAUCCUAACGCCACCCUCUGAGCCCCUGGGGAGCAGCCCCCAACUCCUCACUGCCCCACUGGGCCUCAAGAUCACCUCCACCACCUCCUGCCUGCACUUUGUGUCUGCAGCUACCUCGGAGGCCCUGGCUGCCCACAGGGGCCUCAUCCUGCCGGGAGAUGAGAUCGUACAGGUCAAUGAGCAGACUGUGGUGGGUUGGACACGCGUCAACCUGGCAAAGAAGCUGCUGGAAGAUGUGAGCAGAGUGACACUGGUGCUGAAGAAGAUCCCCCUCGACCUGCCUGGCUCCCCAUCCUCUCCCAGGCAGCAGCUCCUGGAAGCAUUUCUGGAUGCUGCAGAUUCCACCAGCACCAGAAGCAGUGAGUGCCCAGGCAGCCCCGUGUCCCUGAGCUCCAGCGCUGCUGCUGCUGACUUUGAAUCGGGGCCAGACUCUGCACUGGACCCUGUCACGGACGAAGAGGCAGGAGAGCACAAGCAGAACUCGAGGCUGCCCAGGGUGGCUGUGGGGGAGCUGCCAGCACUGCCCAGCUAUGGUGCUGCAGAGGAGGUGGCACAGGAGAGUGGCUCCCCUCCAGGCACCCUUGCUGCGGAGCUCAGCCCCAUGGCAGCCCCUGCGGAGGGGGCUGGGGGUGCAGACCUCAGCCAGCACCCUCCGGAGGGCAGCCCCCAGGGAGGACGCAGACCAAAAGGAGUGGCGAGCAGGCUGAGCCGCCGGCGCGUCUCGUGCCGGGACCUGGGCCGGGUGGACUGUGAUGGCUGGCUCCUCAAGAAGAAGGAUCACGUGGGCUUCAUGGCCCAGAAGUGGAAGCGGUGCUGGUUUGUGCUGAAGGGCCACACGCUUUACUGGUACCAUCACCCCAACGAUGAGAAGGCUGCAGGACUCGUCAACGUGGCCACCUAUGACCUGGAGAGCACAAGGGAGCAGAAGAAGAAAUACGUGUUCCAGCUCUGCCAUCAGAGGUACAAGCCCUUCAUCUUCGCUGCAGAAACGCUGGCUGAUUUGAGCAUGUGGGUCAGUCACUUAAUAACAGCCAAAACAAAGUACACGCUGGCCCACCAGUUGGUCCCAGACAGGGAGGAAGACUGCUACAGUGAGACAGAAGCCGAGGACCCCGAUGAUGAAUGCCCCAGGCCUGGCUGUGACCUGCCAAGGAAAAGGUUGCAAAAUACCCCAGAGAAACCCCAGCUCCUCCCAGCUUGCAGUGAGCCCGGCAGCCCCCAGCCCUGCACAUCCACGGAACCCAGUGGGGAGGACCUCGAGUGCCUGAUGCGGUGCCUGAAGCAGGGGGGGGUGUCCCUCACGGGGCGGCAGCAGGCCCUCACGCAGGAGCAGUACCGCAAGUCCUUCGUCCGCCGCAGCAAGAACCCCCUCAUCAACGCCAAGGUGCACGCGGUGCGGGCCCUGCAAAGCACGCUCAAGGCGAAGCUGGCGGAGCUGCAGGCGCUGGAGCAGCUGCUCAGCGAUGCUGCGCUCACCUCGGAGCGCUUCUCCCGCUGGAAGGAGGAGCACCAGGAGCUGUACCAGGAGCUGCGGGAGUGCUGGGCCGGGCGGCAGGCCCAGGACCAUGACAGGGGGCUUGGGGCCGAGCGUGGCCUCCCCCAGGAGGGGGCUGAGCCUUGAACCCCCCCCCCCCCCGCCUUGUCUGGCAGUGCUGUGGGAGCAGAGCGGGUGCUCUGCCCGUGCAGGGGGGUGUGCGGGACAGCGGUGAUGUUUCUGGAGGCUCAGCCCCCAGCAUGGAGCUGCCACAGGAAAAGUGGCUCCCGCUCCACCCCCGUCCCUUGGCUGGGACCUGCACUGACAGGAGUGACUCUUCUCAAGGACGUUUUGCCUUGCCUGCAUGUUGGAAAAGGGGCUGCUGAGGGCAGAGGAUAGACCAAGGCUGCAGAUCCCCAGGGGGCUUUGGCCUAUCCCUUAUGCUAACCCUCCAUCGCUCCACUUUUCUCCCCUCAAUCUCUCCAUCUUCCUCUCUCAUUACAGUUCUGUCCUGCUUCCCAUCCCUCUCGUUCCCAAUAUCCCCUUGCCUAGCUCCUUGUGCCACACUUCUCUCUGCCUACGCCACCUCGGCUGCCUCAGAAACUAGCUGUCAAAGUGCAAAUGUCCACCCCCUGUUCCUAAGCCUAAGGGGCCAGGACAGGAAACUGGUGCUGGGCAUCACCUGCAGAUGGUGAGCUCCAGAACAGUGCCACCACCAUGGCAAUCCACCCUUGCUUUGCCAUCUGAAACUCCAUCUGGGUACUGCCCCCUCAGGUGCCCCAGAGCCCAGCUCCCAAAGUGCGCUCAUCAGCCCCUGUGCCCUCCCUAAACACCCAAUGCAGACUUGCUAACCUGAAAUAAACCACUUUCACGUAAGGAUA